UAUAAAACAAUUGAUUUCAAUCCAAUUUUGAUAAAAUUCAUAUAAAUCCCCAACCAACUUCAAUCCAAACCCCAAAUCCAAUCUAACCAAACCCAUAAUUUUUUACCCCCAAUUCCUUAAUUCAUACCUCCCCCUUUUGGAUUACGUUAAUUGGAAUCAGUAAUCUUUGUUUCGACGAUCGAUUCGAAGAACAGAAGAGAUAAAUCGCGUAAUCAGCCAUGACGAGACGAUGUUCUCAUUGCAGUAACAAUGGUCACAACUCACGAACUUGCCCUAAUCGAGGCGUGAAGUUAUUUGGGGUCCGGAUUACUGAUGGAUCGAUCCGAAAGAGUGCUAGUAUGGGGAACUUGACCCACUACACCGGAUCCGGAAGCAACAACUUCUUAAAUGGAUUUGCCGGUGGCGGCGGUACCGACGUUGAUUCGCCGGGAGAUACUCCGGAUCAUAACGCCGCCGCUGAUGGUUACGGGUCGGAGGAUUUCGUUGCCGGGUCGUCUUCAAGCCGUGAAAGGAAAAAAGGUGUUCCAUGGACAGAGGAAGAACAUCGGAUGUUUCUGUUAGGUUUACAAAAGCUCGGGAAAGGCGAUUGGCGUGGAAUAGCAAGAAACUACGUGAUUUCAAGAACACCGACUCAAGUUGCAAGCCAUGCCCAAAAAUAUUUCAUCAGGCAAAGCAAUAUGUCUAGGAGAAAGAGACGUUCUAGCCUCUUCGAUAUCGUAGCCGAUGAUUCCCCAGACACACAUAUGGUUUCAUCUCUUGAUUACCCAGCUGGGAACCCGUCACAACCGGAGGCUCAAUCCGUCAACAACCCGUUGACGAUACCGACCCUCGAGGAAGAAGAAUGUGAGUCAAUGGAUUCUGCAAACUCGAACACCAUGGACCCGCCCACUGACCCGACACACGCACCUCUAAAUCUCGAGGGUUCACAAUGCUUGUAUCCGGUUAUGUUUCCGACAUACGUAUCUCCACUCAUACCGGUCGCUAUCCCUUAUUGGCCAGGACCCGGGUCUGGUCAAACUGGUCAAGAUCUAACUUCAUCGGCCAAAACCGAGUCUCACGAGGUUCUUAAGCCAACAGCGGUCCAUUCAAAGAACCCGAUCAAUGUGGAUGAUCUUGUCGGGAUGUCGAAGCUGACGUUAGGUGAAUCGAUUGGGGAUGGUGCACCAACUUCGCUGAAACUAGUUGGAGGGCUGAACCGUCAAUCUGCAUUUCAUGCAAAUAAUCCUGGUCCAAGAACGGAUCCGAACCACAAUCCAAUCCAUGCGGUUUAAAGGGUAAAAAUGAUUUCGGUAUCUUUUCGGUUAUUUCGUAGGGUUUAGCUAUGUUUGUAAGCUUUCACCAAAUCAGAAAUCCCUAUAUAUACAUGACAAUAAUAUCUAGCUUUUUAUGUGGAUUCUUUUUGAAUUUUGAUAUCUAGAAAUCGUUUAACUAUAUCGGUUCAAGUCU